AAUGUGUCACAAAUACAAGUAUUUGUUCCCAUAUAUAUAUAUAUUCUAUAUAUAUAUAUAAAUAAGUAAUCGGAGGAAUCGAAAAUGCAAUCCAACAAUAUGUCGCCAGUGAAAAUGGUGCAGGGACAUUUCAAGUUCACAAACAAUCUGAAUCUAGGCGCGGCUAUACGUUCGAUCCGCCCUUUGCUUAAGAGUCCGGUGGCGCAGGUGAUAAUAUCAUUUGUUGUUGGCUAUUAUGCCACGACAAAGAUUGUCCAGAUCUAUAUACUAUAUAGAACGCAUGCUGGAGGCAGUCAUUCGAAAGAGGACUUUAAAACUGUGCUGGCAACUGAUAAUCAGAUCGUGAAUGAAGCUCAGUUGCCCGAGGCGGAGGAUGCUCUGCGACUAACCUGUGAACAGUUGUCGGCCUACGAUGGGAUGCGGGAAGAUGAACCGAUUUAUACGGCGCUCAACGGGAACAUUUACGAUCUCAGCUCGUCGCGCGACACGUUCUUGAGACCCGGACCCUACUCUCUGCUCGCCGGCUGCAAUGCCAAUCAAGUGCUCAACAUCGCAUGCGGCUCGAUGGGGGUUUCCCCAGAAGACAUCAUCGACCGAUGGGAGCGCAGCCUCAACGCCGAAUUCAAUAUCAUCGGCCACUUGAUUGACAGCGAUGACUCUGACAAUGACGAACUGUUAUGAAAUGAAAACUUUUUAAGGCGCGACUUCAGAUGAAUCUCUAUAGCAAUAAGUAA